AUGCCAAAAAGAACUUUUGCGAGUCUAAGUGAUAUAGACGAUGCAUAUUUGACACCGAACGAUGCUGAAAGUCGCGAAGACCGCAAAAGACGCAAGGCUAAUAAGCGCAAGGCCAAAAGUAGAUGGAAUAUUCUUCAUCGCGCUGCGAUACGUUCCGAGCAAUCCCUGACAGAGCGUAUACUGAAUGCAACGAGAAUGGCUGUUCACCGUCAACAAAUGUCGCCCGAGGAACGGCGUGCAUCGCGCUCGCGUCAUACACUUCAGGUUGCAAAUCAACAUGCAGUACAGUCUGGACCAGCUCGCCAGCGCGCUCGCGCGACUAACAAUGCACAACAUAGAGCUCGAACAUCUCAAGGAAGCGGGACAAAGCUGUGUGCUUUAGCCACUACCAAGAACACCACCCUCGACACACGAUUGGAUCUAUGA